CAGUGGACCAAGUUAUAGAAGAGUUGGUGCUGGGAGAACUCAGGGAUCCAAGGAGGCAGGCAGGAUCUAAGCCUACGCUUGCUAAAACGAGUCUGAAGUCACAGCAGGGACAUGCCCCUCAGGGCAAGAGGAAGAGUUCAGAAAAUGCCGCUGUAACCCAAGAACAGAGCUGAACCUAUAUAAUACCUAGGAGCUUCAAAAUCAGGAUUUCUGAUAAAGAUGUAUAAGGUAGACCUGUCACCAGAUCCCAAGGAGGCAGCAGCUAUUGAGGCUAGAAGAAAUAGAGAAAAAGAACGACAAAGCCGAUUCUUCAAUGUGCGGAACCGAAUCAUGGGGGUGGAUGUUGAAGCCUUGAACAACCAGGUAGAAGAGCGAAAGCUUCGGGAGGCAAGAGAGCAGAACAAGGAGGCAGCUUAUGCUACCAACCAGGUGCAGUAUGAUCUGGUGGCCCAGAUGCUAGAGAAGGAACAGGCAGAACGGACACGCCGGCUGGCCAAGAAAGUACAGGAAUUUCGGGAGCAAAAGCAGCAGCUCAAGAACAGGCGUGAAUUUGACCUUUGGGAUCCAGAACAACUCUGGAAGGAAUUUCCAGCCCGUCUCAGUGACAAUGAUCCUAAAUGUGGCCCAGCCAGCCUGCAGUGCUUCUCUGGCGAGGAUCUAAACAAGGCCAUGCGCCUGACAAUGCAGCAGGAGCAGUUCAGGUAUAGCCUGAUGAGGCAGCUACAGGAUCAACAGCAAGCCAGGGUUGAUGAAAAGUGUGCAGGUAAGCAGGCUAGCACUCCAGACUUGGAAACCUGAGGCCCAGUGGAGAGCUGUACUUAGCUGGGUACAGCAUCCAGGAGACCAGAAUUGUGUGGGGAGGUCUAAUUACCUAUAGGGCUGAUGCUCAAAUGUUAGGCUGUGCAGAGACCAACCCCCCUGACUUCCUUCAGUAACUUGACAAUGUAGCCACUGUUCCUGAUUAACCCAGAGGCAGCACAGUAUAGAAGACAUACCUAACAACUCUACUGCUUACUAUCUGGUUUGGACAAAUGAAUUUUUCUCUGUGCUUCAGUUUCUUCAUUUUUCAAAUGGGGAUGAUAAUCCAUACUACAUAGAGUAGCUACUAUUAUGAUUUUGUCUGUGACUACACUCUUCUCUUCCAUUAGAGGAAGCCCUUCAAGGGCAAGGACUGUGUCUCAUCUACUUGCACUAUUCACCUUCCAAAUCAACUGUUACAGCACCCUGUUCUAGGGGACCACUUAGUGUAGUUGAACAUAAUUAUCGAAGUAUUUAAUGUCUGUCCUCUCCCCCAACUAUCAACUUACUGAAGAUGAAACAUCUCUCUCAUGUUCACCCCAUCUUGCAAUUGCCUAGUACACUGUCAUAAUGUCUCACAGAUCCUAGGAAAAACAAGCAGCUCAGUGUGGCUAGAGUAGGAAAAAAAGUCAGAACCUUUUUUUGUUAUGUGUCCCUAGCCUGGAAUGCUCUUUGCUCUUUUGCCCCUGUAUAUAAAAUGUAUUUCAAGGAUCACCUCCGGGAAGCCUUCCUUUCAUCCACCACCCAAAGCCCUCAUAAUGCCCUGUACACAUCUUUGCCAUUGCUCUUGCCAGAUUUGGUCUGGUUAUGUAAAUUUGAUCUGUCUCUCCCAUUAGACAAGUUCUCUGAGGACAGAAUCUAAUCCCAUGGUGUCCUUUGAACCCAAUACAUGGCCCUUAGACUGGGAUUCAGACAGAGAUAUAAAAUGUUUUACAUAAGGCCACACAGCUCUGAAAUGGUAGAGUUGGCAUUGGGACCUAGGUCUAUUGGAGGCUCCUUUCAGUUAGGCACUUGAGAAAUCCUUGUAGUUGCACUUUGGCUAUCCCUGUCACCAAAGAGUAGCCCCUUUCACAUCCUUAACAACUCCAGACACUAUCCCCUUCUUAAACAUACAUACACAUGCACAAAGCUUGU